UAUUUAUUUUCCCCGUAUCAUUUUAACGGUCGCUUUAGCGGCGGAAACAGUGAAGAAACGCCGUUCCCAUUCCCCGCAUUAUUAUUUCCCCCCUGACAGUUAAAAAGCCAAGAAGGCGUGGUCGCAUUGAAUGUGCGUCCAUACCGCGAAACCAACCGUCACCGGCGCUCCGGCAAUGUGGCCGGAAACCGAAUAAUCGCCGCCGUUCCUCAUCCAAUUCUGGCCACAAGUUGAACACAAGAUUCAACAAUGGCUCACGCCACAAAGCAAACGCAGAACACAAAGCAGAGGGUCCUCACGUGCUUGACGAAGCUCUCGGACCGCGAUACACAGGCUGCAGGAGCCACCGAACUCGAGUCCAUCGCUCGUAGCCUGGACCCGCACUCUGUUCCCGUCUUCCUCUCCUGCAUUCACUCCACCGACGCCUCCGACAAAACCCCUGUCCGCAAACAAUGUGUGCACAUCGUGGCAACGCUCUCCCACGCGCACGGCGACGCGCUCUCGCCUUUCCUCUCCAGAAUCCUAACCAACCUCGUGCGCCGCCUCCGCGAUCCCGACUCCUCCGUGCGGGCCGCCUGCGUCGACUCCGUCGGCGCGCUGUCGGCGCGUGUCACUCGGCAGCCUUUCUCCUCCUUCCUGAAGCCGCUGGCGGAGGCGCUCUUCACAGAGCAGGACCCCAACUCGCAGGCAGCCGCCGCGCUCUGUCUCGCCUCCGCCGUCGACGGGGCUCCGGAUCCGGACCCCGCCAGGCUUGCCAGGCUGCUCCCGAGGUUUGAGAAGCUCCUCAAAAGUAAGGUGUUCAGGGCCAAACCCGCGCUGCUGGCGCUCGUCGGAAGUGUUGUGGAGGCGGGCGGGGCGUCGAGUCGCAGCUCCUUGAGGAAUUUGGUUCCCUGCCUUGUGGAGGCGCUUGGCAGCGUGGACUGGGCCACGAGGAAGGGCGCGGCGGAGGCGUUGAGGAGACUCGCCGUCGCAGAGAGGGACCUCUUGUCGGAGUUCAAGGGUGGAUGUUUCAGAGCGCUCGAGGAUCGGCGAUUUGAUAAGGUAAAGUUGGUUCGGGAAGUUGUGAAUCAGAUGUUGGAGGCGUGGAAGCAGAUUCCUGAUGUCUCGGAUGAGUUCUCUCCACCUCCUCAUUCUCAGUCUUCUGCUAAAGAGAAUGCAAGUGAUGGGCGCUAUCCUCCUGUCUCUCAAAAUUCAUGUAGUCCGGGUUCUGUUAUGAGUAAGUUGAGGAAGAAAUCAAGCCCAAUUAGCAAAUCAACUCCACCGGAUAGAUCUCUUGCCAGAAAUGCUAAAAGGUUGAGUGCCUUAAGUGGUGACCGGAUGAAUUCGGGUGUUUUGCAGAAACUGAACCAUAACCAUUGGGAUGUUAGAAUUGCUGUGUCAAAUCUUCCUGAUCAUGGUGAAUGUCAGCCGAGGGAUGAAAAUGUAUUGGAAAGCAGCAAAAAGGAUAAAAGCAGAUUUUUCAAGUCAGAAACAAAACGGGCUCUAUUUGAGAAAAAUUCUGAUGACAAGAUGCAUAAAUUUGGUGGGUCGAAAGCUGGAUCUCGUGUGGUUCCUUGUUCAGAAGAGAAUCAAGACUCAGAUCCUGCCUGUAAUGUAGCGAAGGAUCUUCCUAGGAUUGAUAAAGAGAGUGAGGAAUUAUCUUCUAUUCGUGCCCAGUUAGUUCAAAUUGAGAAGCAGCAGUCAAAUCUGUUUGAUCUUCUACAGAAAUUCAUUGGGAGCUCUGAAAAUGGAAUGCGUUCUUUAGAGACUCGUGUGCAUGGCCUCGAGUUGGCAUUGGAUGAUAUAUCUUAUGAUUUGGCUGUAACUAGUGGAAGGAUAACUAAAUCUGAUGCUCCCAAGAAUACAUGCUGUCUGCUACCUGGUGCCGAAUUUUUAAGCUCCAAAUUCUGGAAGAAAACACAGAUCAGGUAUUCAUCCAACCGGUUCUCUAGAACUGGUAGCACUCCAUUACUAGCUUCCAGUCAUUACAGAGAUAAUAGGAACACAGAAUCUAGUACGGCAAGCCACAGGUUUAGGGUCCGUGGUGAUGGAAGCUUCAUCACAAAUCCCCUGGCAGAGAUUAAAAUUAAUUCAAGGGAAAUUUCGGGCUCUGCAAGAUCAGAGCUAGCUUGAAAAGCAGGAAAAUAUCAUAUACGGAAAAUACCCAGUAUACUUUCUUGGAAGGAGAAGGUGGCUAUCAUGCGUUCUUCGUCUUGUUCAGAAAUUUCAUUUGGAAUGGCACGAUGAUUAUAGGGCAGGAACAUAUUGAAGUGAGUAUUACUAUUUUCAGUGGAGAGUGAAUACGUACAUAGCAGGAACAAUGUCACAGGCUACUUUGUGUUUCCAAAUACGUUUGAAAGACUAUAAUAAAUCACACGUCAAACGGGUUAAAGAUGCAAAAACUACAAGUAUGAACUUCAACCCGGACAUGUAAAACUGAUGAGGGAGAAUGUUAACAGAAUUGACUUCAUUUUUUGCUUUUGAAGGUAAGCAACUUAAGCUUCAUAA